AUGGAAGAACUUGUUCAAUAAAUGAUUGCAAUAUCAGGAGGUUAAUUAAAUGAAGAGAAAGCUAAAUAAUAUUUAAAAUAUGGCAAAAAUGAUUUAGAAUUAGCAUUAAAUUAUUAUUAUCAAGCUGAAGAGCGAAAGAAGCGAUAAUAACCAACAUUGGCUUGUACUAAAUUAAUGGAAGGAGCUAAAAAAUAAUAAUAGUUAGAAAAGAUUUUAAAAGACUUAAAUCAAGAAUAUAAAAAACCAAUUGAAGAAUGCUUAGAUUAAUAGAUAGUUUUAAGUAAACCCUCUGGAAAUUUAGAUUUUUAAUAAACAAAUGAUAUUGAAGAGAUUGCUAUUCAAUAUGCAUAAGAAAAAAGAUAAGCUAAAUUUAGAUAGAGUUCAGAAAUGAUAAAAUAAUAAAUAAAUGAGGAAGAUCAUAAAAACACAUAAUUACAGAAUCAAUAAUAAAAAAUAAAAAAAAAAUAGAAUAAGAUUAGGGAAUAGAAAGAUUAAAUAUUAGAAGAAGGGGAAAGUAAAAAAAAUGAUGAUUAAGAAAUUAAAUAAAAAAAAAACUAAAAUUCUGGGUUAAAACUGAAUUCAGGAGAAACAACUAUUAUUCGUGGCAUUACAUUUCCACUAUUUAUAGGAAGUGCAAAAAUUAAAGGUUAUGCAUUGGGAAGUCAAAAUUUGAAGGAUGUAUAAUAAUAAUGUGUUGAAAUUAUUUUGGAUGGGACUUGUAAAGUAGUUGACAGAGGAAAAAAGUCAAAUAAAGUUGUAAAAGGAUAGAAUAUAAUUAGGAUAUGUUAUGAUGAACGUGAAGUAAGUUUAUGCAAUCAUAUUAGAUAGGUCGAUUGAAUUCAGAAUAUGAGGAUUUAUUUAGUCCAUUGUUAUAAGAGAAUUAUAUAAAAAUAAUUGCAUAUCAUGUUUAAUCCUAAAUAUUAUGUAAGACUCAUGAUACAAUAUUAUUAUAAAUUGAUGUAUUUUUAAAUGAGAAAGCAUUAUCUGAUGGAACAAGUGAUUAAUUUGAUGAUACUGUACAAGAAUUUGUUAAAUAUAGUGAUAAUUUUUAAAAAUUAUAUGAUUUAGUAAAUUGUAAAUUGAUAACUUCAACAAAAGUGGAUGUUAUUGAUAAGAAAAAAAUAGAAAAUAAUAAUUUAGAAAUAAAAGAAAAUAGUAAUAAUAAUACUUUAAGUAAAUCAGCAGUAACUUAUUAAGAAGAUCCUUUUAAAUAGAAACCAAAAUAAUUAUCUUUAAAUGAUUUUAAAUUAAAAAAUAAUGUUUAAGAUUAAAAUUAAAGUUAAUUGAUGAAAGUAGAAAUAGAUAAAGAUAAGCAAUAAAAUGAAAUGAAUGAAGAAAUAGAUUGUGAUUAAUUUUUAGGUUUUAAUAAUUGUACUCAUCAUGAUUUAGAAAUGCAUGAUGGACCAAAAUAAUUAGGUUCUAAAUUAUUUGAUUAUUAAAAAUAAGCAUUAACAUGGUUAUUAUAAAGAGAAGGAGUAAUUAAAGCAGAGGAUGAAAGUUCAUCUAAUGCUUUACAUCCUUUAUGGAAAGAAUAUUAAACAAGUUAAGGUGUAAAAAUAUAUUUCAAUCCAUUUUCAGGAUUAUCUUCUUUGGAUUUUCCAUCUUCAUCUAGAAGAUGUAAUGGUGGAAUUUUAGCAGAUGAAAUGGGAUUAGGUAAAACUGUAAUGUUAAUUUCUUUGAUUUUGGCUAAUCCAUUUAAAAUACCUUAAGAUUACUAUCAUAAGAGUAGUAGAAAGAAUUAGAAUUAUAGUGGGAAGAAAUUAAUUGGAGAUUAUGUAGGAUAUAAAAAGAAGAAGUGGGCUAGAACAUUAAUUAUAGUUCCAGUUAGUUUAUUAUAAUAAUGGCAAGAUGAAUUGAAUUAUCAUUGUAGUUAACAUUUAAGAAUAUUUCAAUAUACUGGAGCUGAAAGAAAUCAAUCAGAUUUAUGUUAAUAUGAUGUUGUUGUUAGUUCAUAUCAUACAGUUAGUGUUGAAUUUAAGAAACCUUCAAAAGAUCCUUAUUCAAUUUAUAAUUAUAAUUGGUUUAGAGUGAUACUUGAUGAAGCUCAUUACAUAAAAGGAAGAACAACUUUACUUGCUUAAGGUGCAUAUGAAUUAGAUUGUUAUUAUAGAUGGUGUUCAACUGGAACACCUAUUUAAAAUAAUCUAAAUGAUAUUUUUAGUUUAAUACAUUUUAUUAAAUUAGAACCAUGGUCUGAUUAUUUAUGGUGGAAUGCUUAUAUUAAUAAACCUCAUGAGGAAGGGAAAGAUAAUAUAUUUCCCUUAUUAAAUUCAAUUCUUAGACCAAUUCUUUUAAGGAGAACAAAAAAGAGUAAAGAUCAAAAUGGGAAACCAAUAAUCAGUUUACCAAAUAAAGAAAUUCAUUUUGAAAGUAUAGAAUUAAGAAAAGAUGAGAGAAUGGUUUAUGAUAAGAUGGAGAAGAAAUCUUAAGAUGAGGUAGAAGGUUAUUUAGCUAAAGGAAUUUUAAUGUCUCAAUAUAUGAAAGUUUUUGAAUUAUUAAUUAGACUUAGAUAAAUUUGUGAUCAUCCUUUACUUAUUACAUCUAGAAGUGAUGUCAAAAAUAUUGAUUAAUUAGAAGAGUAAAUAGAUAAAUUUCUUUCUAAUUAAGCUUUAGAUAGAGAAGAUUAAGAGGAAUUAUUAAUGAAUGAUUAAUAAGUUUAAAUCUGUUAAGAUAAAUAAUAAUAUAAAUAAGAAGUUUUAAGAAGAGUUAAAGAAAAUGAUAUACCACCAUGUCCUGUAUGUUUGGAAUAAGUUGAAGAUACAAUUGUUACAAUUUGUUUGCAUUUUCUUUGUAGAUUAUGUUUAUAUGGUAUUUUGGCUAAUUCUAGUGAAUGUCCAUAUUGCAGAUAAUAUUUAACAAAAUAAGAUACUAUGACAUUGCCAAGAGAGAGUUCAUUUAGUUUAAAUUGGAAAGAAAACUAUAAAAGAUCAAGUAAAAUAGAAAAAGUCAUGUAAAUAUUAUAAGCAAUUCCAAAAAAUGAGAAAUGUGUAAUAUUUACAUAAUUUAUUGGGAUGAUACAAAUGAUAGAAUUUGAUCUUGAUAAUUAGAAAAUUAAACAUUUAGUAAAAAUAUAGAUUUAUAUAUUUAGAGAUUAGAUGGAAGUAUGCCAUAAUAAGAGAGAGCUGAAGUAUUAAGAACUUUUAAAGAGUCUGAUGAAUAUAGAAUAUUUAUUAUAUCACUAAAAGCUGGUGGUGUAGGAUUAAAUUUAACAGCUGCCAAUCAUGUUAUUAUGAUAGAUCCUUGGUGGUAAAUUUAUUAAUAAAUAAUGAAGGAAUCCUGCUGUAGAAGAAUAAGCUAUAGAAAGAGUUUAUAGAAUAGGAUAGACAAAAGAAACACAUGUUUAUAGAUUAAUUUGUAAAUAGACAGUAGAAGAAAGAAUGAUAAAGUUACAUGAUAUUAAGAAAUAAUUAUUUGAAUCAAGUAUUAGAACAGAAGAGAGAAGCAAUCUUAGAAUGGAAAUGUUUAAAAAUAUUAUUUUAGGAUCUUGA